UUAAGGGACGGUCAUGUCUUACUGAGUUUAAUUAAAGUUAUCAAGGAAGUAUCAAGUUAGACCAAUGAGGAAAGCGCAGCAGAUGUCGUCUACAUGGACUUUAGUAAGGCAUUUGAUAAAAAAGUCUCACAGCACACUAGUCAGAAAGGUUAAAGCCCAUGGGCAACGUGGCGGAGUUGGCUCAAUGACAGGAAACAACAGACAAUGCUUGAUGGAUAUGUAUGAGAGUGGAAAGCAGUUUCCAGUGUUCUACAGGGCUUCAAGGUAUGACUAGGAAAUUUGUAGGGAAAAUUUGGCCAGGUAGUUGAUGAAAAGACUGACUAUUGACUGCAGUAAGAUAUCAGUGGUGUCUGGUUGAGUAGGUGGAAAAGUGACAAAUGGAAAACGAAGAAAGCAAUGGGAUACAUAAUAAAUACCAGGGGUACGUGGUAUUGAGAGGGAUAAGGGAAGUCGGAACAAGUGCAUGUCCACAGCUCCCUGAUGGUGGCAGAGCAGGUGGACAAGGCAAACAUAUGAGCUGCUUUCCUUCAAAGGGCAAGGUAUUACAGCAGUGAUGUAACUGUAUGAGACACUAGGUCACGGGUGGAGAUUUGUGGACAAUUCUGGUCCCCACAUUACAGGAAGGAUUUACACAGGGGAUUUACAAACUUGUUACCAAGCUGUAAGAGAAGAGUCAUUAAGCUAGGAUUGUUUUCCUCCAGAACACAAGCGUCUUAGGGAUGACUCACUUGAGGAGUUCAAAUUAAUGAGGGGCUUGGAUAGACUGGAUGGGAAAGAUGUAUCUAGCCUAGCAGAGAGGUCUGUAACCAGAGGCACAGAUUUAAAGUGUUUGGGAGGAAGGUCAAAGGGAACAGGAGGAAAAACUAUUUCACCCAGUGGGCAGUGGAGACAGAAACCCUCAUUUUGGAAAAAGUUAGAUUGUCCCCUGAACUACUGAAGGCUGCAGACGUGCUGGAAGUGGGAUUAGAACUGGCAGCUAGUUUAAGCCAGUGUGAUGGGCUGAACAGCCAUUUUCUAUUCUUAUGGUUUGAGAAACAUGUUGGAAAUUUUUGAGGACAUUACAUGUAGCAUAGACCAAGGAGAACCAGUGAAUGUGGUGUAUUUGGAUUUUGGAAGGUUGUAAAUGAGGUCCUUCACAGGUGGUUAGUAAAUAAAUUAGACUGUGUGGCAUGGGGGGAGAUAUACGAGUAUGGAUUGAUAGGCAGAAACAGAGCAGGAAUAAACAGUGUCCCCAGCCACUUGGGAAAUGUGCUGAUUCUCAAACCCCACUACUUCCAGUAGGCACUGCAAAAUGUAAUGGCUGAAAGUACACACAGUCCCCAAUUUAUGUGUCUGCAGAAAUCAGGAUAACAAAAGAAACUCUGACCAAGCUCCCAUACUUAACAAAAACUACUGUUUAUUACAAAUAAAUAAAUUCUAUCCACAGGUAAGCGAAGCUGUGCACCAUCAAGAUACAACUUCUACUCAUUGAAACUUUAUCUGCCCUUUUAAAACCCCUAUACACACACAACAAAAAAGUGCUAUGGUAGAGGAGGGGAAAAAACUGGGAACACAAUUUAAAGGGUUAGGUAUGGAGACAUUCCUUUGCUUACCCAGACCUUGUUUUCCAAUCUUCAUGAUCUUUAACUUCAUAGCAGGCACAGCGCAUUUGGUACAUGAAAUACAAAGUCUCUCAGCUACUGAUUAAGGGCUUCUGGUGGGAAAAAAUAACUGGCUUUCUUCAGGAACUUUUACCACAGAAUGAUGGAGACACUCAGAACCUACUCCUCCAGCAGUCCUGGGACUUCUCGCCCUAUAUUGUCAACAGUCAAAGUGUUCCCCUGCCCAGAAGCCAAAGUGCUGUUAUCGCACUGGCAUCUCACAUUGGCACAGACCAAUCAGUAACUUGCUGCUGGCUGAAUCUCACUCUGCACAUACAUACCACCGGUGGUGAGGUGUCUUAUCUCUCCUCUCCCACUGCUUGAACAAAGCAGCAGUACAAAGACAACUCUCAAUGAGCUCCAGUAACUUGUUUUCAGAGGUGCAGCCACUCCUUAGUUUUAAAAACAAUCCUUCUCCUAUUUUAUUCACAAAGAAUCUGAAAAGUCUUCACAAAUGCAUCAUUCUCAGGGUAGCAGGUUGUUACUGGCCAGGUACAAGGAUCAGUGCUAGGUCCACACUUUUCUGAGGGGUGAUCUCACUCAAGCACAACAUCCUCUCAGGGUACGACAUGGAUUAGAGGGAGAUCAGACGUCGCUCCUGGCUGAUGACAGGAAAAGGGGACAGGCCAGUUCACACUGAGCUGAUGAAUUUCUUCACAUUUAAGCAGGUUAAUCGAUGAAAUUCUCUGCCCCGGGGGCUGUGGAACCUCAAUGACUGAGCAGCUUCAAAACAAAAUCAACAGGAUUCUGGAAAGUAAUGACAUUAGGGAAUAUGGAGGUAAUGCAAGAAUACCAUGCAGAGACGAUCAGUCACAGUCUACAAUGGCAGGGUAGGCUUAAUGGCAUACACCUAUUCCUCUGAGCCAUCUAUCAGAUGUUAAAUCUAGACCCUGCCAGCCAGAGUAAAAGAUGCCACAUCCAGUGUCAAAGAUGAUGGGUCUUGUACCAGUAUUUACCUUACGAACUUAGUAACUUGUCAUCAUCGGUAGCAUGCACAGUAGAUGCUGCAAGUAUCAGAUAAGAGGACCUGGUGUUCCGAUGACAGGACUGAGGGGUCUCUAUGUCACUCUGAGGCUCUGCUAUCUACCAUCACUGCUGUCACCUGCAGCCCUGUCACUUGCCAAUAAAUAAAAGGUCAGGAAGAACCUGGCCUUAUCACCAAGACAGAUGGUGUGAGCACACAGUCCAUUAUGAUUCAACUCACAGCAAACACUUAGAAAUGGGAGGGAUAGAACAACGGGCCAGUAUAAAUAGAGGAGAGACAGGGACUGCACAGAAUUAGUGGGGGAAGGACAGGACAAGACAGGAACAAGAGGGCAGCUGGAAAACAAAUUUACCUCCCAGGACGCAGGAAAUACUUGACAACUUAAAGUAUCACAAAUAGAAAUUAGUGAAGGAGAGAGGGAGACAGCGAGUGUACUGUCUGUCACAAGACUAAGGUACAGUUGCAGAUAGGGGUUGUGGGAAGGACAGGGGGUAGACAGGGUGAGGAACUGCGAGGAUAACACAGACCAGUGACAACAGGAUCGUGAAGAGGGUAAAGACAGAGAGAUAGCGAGUGGAAGAGGCUGUGGGAAAGCCAACAGGUUGAGAGACGGGCAAGGGCACAGAUAGGGUGAUUUGGUACAUACAGCCAGAAAGGUUGACUGAUUUAUGCAAUGAUGCUGCUGCUGCUGAAGUGUGCAGUGAAAUUUUUGUGCCUAGCACUGGUUCUGUUUCCUCACGCCAUACACACUGCUGGAGAAUGCUUCUUCAAUGGCAAAGCCACCUGCGAACACAAAGGUGUCAGCUUGGAGACUGGAGACACUUGGAUUAAUGAAGACUGUUACCAAUGUAUCUGCCUGAACCCCUUUGGAGUCGGCUGCUGUGACAAAGUCUCUCAGCCCGUCGAUUACCCUGACUGGUGCGAAGUCAUUCAGCAACCUAACUCCUGUCUUCUAGCAGUUGUUAUGAAGGCCAAUCACAAGAUCCCGUGCAUCAGUAAACCCACCAUGGGACGCCUCCGGCCUCAGAACGGAUACAAGGAAGAGGAAAAUCCAUUCUUUGAGCAACUGAGGGCCUGACAGGAACCAGCCUCACCCUGCUCAGGCUCAGCCGGUGAACCAUUCAGUAUCCUGUUAAUAUCCUGGCUGUAUUCCCACUCCCAGGGAAUUCCCGAUUUCACAUUCAGCCACCAAAUGGGAUUAUGAAAAGGGGAAGGGGGUUAGUGACCUGUGAUCUGUGACAAUCAAAUCACCAUCGAGGCCAAUUUUGGUGACACAGAAUGAUACAGAUUUAACAGUUAGAUGGUUAAUUUAAUCACGUAGAUUCCACCUAUGUACAAAACACUCCUCUAUGUUCAGGAUCCCCACCUGUGGUUUGUUCCUUUUUGAUGCAAUAAAAAAAAUCUGCAGAAAUACCUUA